CACCGCGCAAGCCUCCUUCAGUCGCUCGGAGCUGCGCGUGCGCGGGCGCGUCUCACACGCACCCGUUUGAAAUUCGAACUCACUCGGAUUCCUAAUUCAAAUCUGUUUUAGCAACUUCUAAACAUGAUAUUGUAACAACGGUGUCCAUUAGUGUUUACUAAAGUUCAGUUUCAGUGUAGACGUAAUACAGUGUUUUUGAUUGUAUGAUAUAAAGUUGUGUUUGAUUGAUAUUUUUUACACCACCACAUCCCACUGGGCGCUGUAAUAGCGGUGUUCCGACCCAAGAAAUGAGCUUAUAAUUGGCCUAUAUCUAAGCCCAAAUGAUUCGACUAAAGGAGCCUUAGCUGAGCCAAGAUGUCACAAAGAGACUUUUCUGAGGUGGAGCUGACGGGCUCGGCCUCCCUCGGGGCGGCGUCUCGCGCCGUGUUCGUGGAGAAGGUGAGGGCGUCCAACGCCGCGUGCCAGGCGGGCGACUUCACCACGGCUGUUGCGCUCUACACUGAUGCUCUGACGCUGGACCCUGCUAAUCAUAUACUGUAUAGCAACCGGUCAGCGGCGCGGCUGAAGCAGGGGCAGUUCGCGGCCGCCCUGCAGGAUGCCACCAGGGCGAGGGAACUCUGCCCCAACUGGCCCAAAGCUUACUACAGACAAGGGGUGGCGCUGCAAUGCCUGGGCCGGCACGGAGAGGCACUAGCUGCCUUCAGCUCGGGGCUGGGGGUGGAGCCUUCGUCGCGACAGCUGCUGGCAGCCCUAGUGGAAGCCUCGCUGAAGAGUCCCCUGCGCUCCACGCUGGAGCCCACCUUCCGCCAGCUGGAGGCCAUGAAGCUGGACCAGUCGCCGUUUGUGCUGAUUUCGGUGGUGGGGCAGGAGCUGCUGGCGGCGGGGCAGUACCAGUCCGCGGUCACCGUCCUCGAGGGCGCACUCAGGAUCGGAUCCUGCUCACUCAAGCUGCGGGGCUCCGUAUUCAGCGCGCUCAGCUCAGCGCACUGGGCUCUCAGCCAGCUGGACGCGGCCAUCAACUACAUGCAGCAGGACCUGGGCGUGGCCAAGAGCCUCGGGGACACGGGGGGCGAGUGCCGCGCGCACGGCAACCUCGGGGCGGCUUACUUCAGCCAGGGGAGUUAUAAGGAUGCCUUGACCGCGCACCGGUACCAGCUCGUUUUGGCUAUGAAGUGCAAGGACACGCAAGCCGCGGCGGCCGCGCUCACCUCGCUCGGGCACGUCUACACAGCCAUAGGGGACUACCCCAACGCGCUGGCCAGCCACAAGCAGUGCGUGCAGCUGGUGAAGCAGAUGGGAGACCGCCUGCAGGAGGCCCGGGAGAUAGGAAAUGUGGGCGCCGUGUAUCUCGCCAUGGGAGAGUUUGACUCGGCUGUCGACUGUCAUACGCAGCAUUUGAGACUCGCGAGGAGGCUGGGAGAUCAGGUGGAAGAGGCGAGGGCGUAUUCCAACUUGGGCUCGUCGUAUCACUACAGAAGGAACUUCGCCCAAGCAAUAGCGUAUCACGAGAAUGUGCUGCGAAUUGCACAGAAUUUGGGAGAUCGAGCCAUCGAAGCCAGAGCUUAUGCCGGAUUAGGCCAUGCUGCCAGAUGCGGUGGAGAUUACGCGCAGGCUAAGAAAUGGCACGAGAGGCAACUCGACGUGGCAUUGGCUGCCCGGGAUAAGGUGGGCGAGGGCCGCGCGUGCUCCAACCUCGGCAUCGUGUACCAGCUGCUCGGCGAGCACGACGCCGCGCUGAAGCUGCACCAGGCUCAUCUGUCUAUAGCACGGCAACUGCAGGACAAAGCGGGCAUGGGUCGCGCGUACGGUAACAUCGGCAACGCGUACUCUGCAGCAGGGUUCUACGAACAAGCCAUCAAGUACCAUAAGCAGGAGCUGACGAUAUCCAAGGAGGUCCACGACAGGAGCUCUGAAGCCUCGACUCAUGGCAACUUGGCUGUGGCUUACCAGGCGUUGGGCGCUCAUGAUAUGGCGCUGUUCCAUUAUAGAGCUCAUUUAGGCAUAGCUCGAGAGCUAAAGGACACAGCGGGAGAAGCCUGCGCUCUCCUCAACCUGGGCAACUGUCUCUCAUCCCGAGGAGAGUUCUCCCAGGCGGUGCCCUACUACGAACAACACCUCAUGCUGUCUCAGGAACUGGGAGACGUCACUGCGGAAGCCAAGGCGUGUCAUUUUCUGGGAUACGCGCAUUACUGUUUGGGGAAUUAUCGGGAAGCUGUAAGAUACUACGACCAGGACCUGUCAUUAGCCAAAGACCUUCAAGACAAAAUGAACAUGGGCAGAGCAUACUGCAACCUAGGUCUAGCUCACCUCGCGCUAGGCAACCUGGAAACGGCAUUAGAAUGCCAGAAGUACUUCCUAGCCAUCGCCCAUAUGACCCAACACUCGCAGGGGAAAUUCAGGGCUUUGGGAAAUAUUGGAGAUGUGCUCAUCAAGAUGGGAGACGUUGAAGAGGCAGUUAAAAUGUAUCAGAGACAACUUGGGUUUGCGAGACAUGCCCGAGAUCGUUCUCUAGAAGCAGCAGCAUGUGGGGCACUCGGAUUAGCUAGGAGACUACAAAGAAGACUGGAUGCUGCUUUAGGCCAUCAUACACAGGAGCUAACCCUGCGUCAAGAAGCGGGCGACUCAGCCGGCGAAGCCCGUGCUCACUCCCACCUCGGGGCUGUCCACAUGGCGCUAGGCCACUACACACACGCCGCCCGCUGCUAUCGGGAACAGCUGGAGAGGGCCCAGGAGUUGCAGGACUGCGCUCUGGAAGCACAGGCUAAUGGGAACCUGGGGAUAGCGAAGCUGAAUAUGGGACAUUAUGAAGAUGCUAUCGGGUAUUUGGAGCAGCAACUAGCAAUCCUAGAGCGCGUGAACACUCCGACCUGUCACCUAGACAAGGCCAGGGCGCUCGGCUCCCUCGGCGACUGCUACGACGCUCUGGGCGACCCUGAAGAAGCCAUCAAGUACCACGAACAACACCUGGCUGCGGCGCUGAAGCUGGAUAAUGCCAGGGAGCAGGAGCGAGCGUAUCGGGGACUUGGACUUAGUCAUAAAUCAGUAGGCAACCUCCAGCAAGCCCUAGUGUGUCUCGAGAAGCGGCUGGUGGUAUCUCACGAGCUGGGAGUCCCGGAGGCGAAGGCCCAGGCCUACGGUGAACUGGGCGGCCUGCACAUAGCCUUGAACAACUUGGACCAGGCCAUAUCGUGCUUGGAGCAUCAGAAGAACAUUGCCAAAGAGCUAAACAACCAGAUAAUGGAGUCGGAAGCGUGGCACGCGCUGGGGCUGGCGCAGCAGGCGCGCGGGGACCACGCCGCCGCCGCCGCGCACCACCGCGCCGACCUCGAGCUCGCGCACCGCCUGGGACUCACGCAUCUACAGGCGCGCGCGUGCGGCGGGCUGGGCGCGGCGCACGCGGCGAUGGGCGCGCACGCGGAGGCCGCGCGCUGGCACGAGGCGCGGCUGCGGCACGCCACUGCGGCUGGUGACCCCCGCGGCCGAGCGCAAGCCCUGGCGGACCUGGGCAAGGCGCACCUGGCGAUGGGCGCGUGCGGCAGCGCCGUGUCCUACUUGCGGCAGGCGCUCGCCGUCACCGAGGGACUGGCUGAUACUGAUGAAGAGGCUCGAGUCCGCCACCGCCUCGGCUUCGCUCUCUGGGCGUCCGGGGAGUUGGAAGAAGCGAAGGACCAGCUGCAAGCGGCACUUGUCGUGCUGGAGACUGGAGCGGAAAAACACAGGGACAAGAAAACUGCUGCCUUGUACAUUAGCACUCACCACGCGCUACAACGAGUUUUAGUUGAACUGGGCCAACACGCCAAAGCUCUAGUGAUAGCAGAAAGAGGUCGUUGUCGCGCUCUAGACACUUCCACGGAAAAAAUAAACCCCUUGAACCAGGCUAAUCUUGAAAUACAUGGAGCCCAAAGAAACCAAACAGAAGAAACAGUCAGAGAGCGUCCAGAGCCAUGGAAUCCCUCCACUUUAGAGCAAGUGCUAGAAGUCGUCAACAAACAGAAGGCGCCAGUUUUAUAUUACAGUUUAGCUGCUGGUAGACUGUACGCUUGGCUGUUACAACCACACAAAGGCAUUCUGCGGUUCCACCAAGUGUCAUUGACAGAGGAAGCUGAAGAAGGCGAUAAUAGUUUGCUCGAUAUUGGCCCCGACGAUUUAACUCCAAAUGCAGGUGGUGGCAAAUUGGAGCGCUGCAUCAAUGAGUGGUCUGCGUGGUUGAAAUCAACAGCCAAUAGCAAGACUGAAAAUGAUGACCAAUGGGAACCUGAAGAACUACCAUCGGCAGGAUUAAGAAUGGUAACAAGAAACCAUCUUCUGAACUCAUCAAACUAUUCGUUGAGUUCACUCUUCAGUGUUGGAUCAGUUGGAGGAUCAGUGGCGGGUUCUGUGGCCAGUCUUCAAGGAUCUACCAGAUCAAGUAUCCACGGGCCACGCAAAAAGCAACCUUCAUGGCAGGGGCCUCCUUGUCUCAAUACGCUCUACCAAAUGCUGCUGGCACCUUUCGAAGAUUUGUUACCAGCUUCAUGUAAUAAUAACCAUGCGUCCCAUGGACGACGAGGCUGCGGCGGUCGUCGAGAGCUGAUCCUAGCUGUAGAAGGCGCCUUAUAUGCGUGUCCGUGGGGCGCCCUCCGCAGUGCCACGGAAACAGAGCCCCUUUGUGAAAGAUACGCCCUAUUGGCCGCCCCAGCCCUUAGACCUUUGCGGCUGCAAAGACAUCUGAGGACUACAAACCAACAUGCUCAAGGUGCAGCAGCCCCAUCAAGCCCGGAGGCGGGCAUGCGGUGCGUGGUGGUGGGCGGCGCGCGCGUGGGCGGGGCUUGGGCGGCCGCACCCGCCCAGCUCAAGGAGGCCGAGCUGGUGGCAGACAUGCUGCGGGCCACGCCGCUCACUGAUUACCAGGCAUCCAAAGAAGCAGUGUUAGCGCAACUACCUCAAGCGGAGUGCAUCCACUUCGCGACCCACAUCUGCUGGAAAACGCCCGCCAUCGUGCUCAGUCCCGGAGAAGUGGUUGAUUCUCAAGCGAAACGUCUUCUGAACUCGAGCGUCGGCAGCGGUGUUGCAGAUACUUCUACCGAAAACGAAGAAGAAAAUGCAGAAUUACCAGCCAGCAAUGAAGAAUUGCCACCAGCUUCAGAGUUCAUGCUAACGGCUGCCGAAAUAGUGAACCUCAAACUGACUGCUCGACUGGUGGUAAUAUCCUGCUCGCCAUCCUCGGGCGCUCUCGCCGGCGCCGACGACUCAGUCCCGGCGGCGGGCGCGGGGGUGUCCCGCCUGUGCCGCGCGCUGCUGGCGGCUGGAGCCCACAGCGUGCUGCUGACCCUGUGGCCCGCGCCGCAGGAUACUGCUACGAAGAUCCUGUAUAGGGCUCUGUAUAGCGCGCUGCUGCAGGGCAGCAGGGUUGCCAAAGCGCUAGGCGACGCGAUGCAAACCGUCCGGCACACGAAGCACUUCGCGCACCCGGCGCACUGGUCCGGCCUGCUGCUGCUCGGCGGCAACGUGCGGCUCAGCAACAAGGUGGCGCUCAUGGGGCAGGCGCUGUGCGAGCUGCUCGCCAGCCCUGACAAGUGCCGCGACGCGCUCCGAGUCUGCCUGCACCUGGUGGAGAAGUCGCUGCAGCGCAUCGUGCGCGGGCAGCGGAACGCCAUGUACACGACCCAGCGCAGCAUCGAGAACAAGGCGGGCAGCGUCGCCGGCUGGAAGGAACUGCUCAUGAGCGUCGGCUUCAGAUUCGAGCCAGCAGCCAACGGUAUCCCGUCGAGCGUGUUCUUCCCGCAGAGCGACCCCGAGGAGCGUCUCACGCAGUGCUCCGCUAGCCUGCAGGCUCUAUUAGGUCUCUCCCCCACCACCCUGGCGGCGUUGUCGAAGCUGAUCUCGAGCGGCGACGUGGCGGACGACAUCGUGGGCGUGGUGCGCGCCGUCAUCGCGCAGUUCGCCAACAACGCCGACACCGACGCCGUGGAGGUCGCCGUCAACGUCAGACUAUGGCGCGUGAACGGGUGCCACGAGCUGCUGGCGUCGCUCGGGUUCGACCUGGCGGAGGUGGGGCAGGACGAGGUGACGCUGCGCAGCGGCAAGCCCGCCAACCGCCGCCACAUACACUUCGUACUCCAAGCGCUGCUUGCGCUGUUCGACACGCAAGAAGCGCCGCGCAGCCUGAGCCUGGAGUCGAGCUCGAGCGUGGAGUCGCUGGCGUCCAUCGACGACGGCGACCUGGAGCCGCACUCCGACUCCGAGUCCGCGCCCCGCCCGCACCACAAAGAGAGCGCGUCGUCGGUGCCGCCGCCGCCGCUGCCGCUGGGCUCGUGCGGGGGCGCCUUCACCAUGUACGUGCGCGGCGGCGCGGAGGCGGGGCGCGGGGAGCCGGACGGACGCACCGCACCCCCCGCGCCGCCGCCCGCGCCCCGCGCCGGCCCCUACCGCGGCGAGAGCGACGCCGCCUUCACGCCCUCCCCGCCCGCCGCGCCCGCCGCGCCCCCGCGCGACGUGUCCCUCGCCCUCGCGCACCAGACCAAGAUCCGCACGCUGUACAACCGCCGCCCGCCCUCCACCGACGACUCGGACUGGGAGAGCUCCGGCCACGACACGGUGCUGCGGCGCCGCCCCGACACGCGCUACCUCGACGCCUUCUACGAGCUGGCGACCGCGCAGCCCCGCCGCGGCGACGAGGCGCCCGAGCCCGCGCCCUCCACCUCCAAGCGCCCGCCGCGGCCCAAGAUGGGCACCACGAGCCGCGACUCCAUGGCACAGGUGCGGCACAUGAGCGGCGAGCUCACGCCGACCAUCUCCGAGGUGUACCACGAGCGCAACAUCGGGCUGGGCCUCGCGCCGCCGUUGGCCGAGCUGCUGCUGGCCGAGGAGCCGGCGCCCGAGCUGCGCCAGGCCAGCUCCAGCGAGAACCUGCUGCUGCAGAACCUGGAGAAGCUGGGCCUGCUGGGCGACGCGGGCGAGGCGGAGCGCUGGCGCGGCGCGCGGCCCUGGCUGUGCGCGCCGCUCGAUACCGACGUGCAGGGCUCCGACCUCACCACGGCCGAGAUCAUCGAGCGCCAGUCCAAGUUCAAGAAGGACGCGGAGCCGAAGCGGAAGGAGGAGAACGCUUACGAGUUGAAGCCGAAGGAGGAGGCGGCCGGGCCGAGCGGCGGGGAGAAGCGCCUGUCGCCGUUCUCGGAGCUGUGCCGGCGCGACGAGGGCGACGGCCGCAGCAUCGCGGACUCGCACUCGUCCUACAAGGCGCUGGUGCUCGGCCCGCGCGCGCCCUUCCUGCCCGAGGAGCCCGAGCCCGCCGCCAGCAGCACUGUGGACGUGGGCAAGGCCACUCACCCCAGGUCGAGAAGACCGCCGAUUCCUAGGAACAGGCCCACGUAUCCCACUUUAGACUUUCCUCCAUCUAAAUAGUUAAUAAGUAGGUAUAGUCAGAUAAUAUAUUAUGCUGUACGUAUUUGAAUUGUUAUGUAUUUAAUUUAUUUUCUUAUAGUUCCACUUGUAUAAUUAUUUAUAAAUACUCCAUGUAAAUUUGUUAGUUAGUAGAGUCGGUAAUAUUGUAAAAAUCAAAAUAGUAUUCAUUUAUGUAAUGUCAAUUAGAGUAGGCAGUAAAUUAUUGUAAUUGUAAAUGAAAUAUUUAUAAAUCUUAUUGUUUGAAGUCUACAUAGGACUUGGACGAUUAUCUAGAUAUAGAUAUUGAACCUAAUUCUGUAU